GUGCUGCUUGGGUCAGAGAUGCUGCUGGAACUUUUCAUUCUCAGUCUUAGUUCGCCAAUCUUGGCUAAGGAACACAUAUAUUAUCUAGAGAACCAUGGACCCCCCGAUUCGAUAACACACUGCAUAGACGUGAACAAUUAUGCCACGAUAUACCUCACCCAGACUGCGUGGCGUGUUCUUUACGAGUACCAGCGCAGCGUAGCUUUUCAUUUUCCCUUCAACAUGACUGGUGACGCGAAUAUGUUGGUGGUGCGCAUCGCGGAUUUCAAUUUCGGAAGCAUACCCUGUACAACUGAGCACCUCACCAUCAACAACCGACGGAUUUGCGGUCGGUAUGAACAACUCCGCGACGAUGAAAGGAUAACUUUUUCUCCUCAAGAGAAUCACACGUCAAUUAAGUAUCAUCGGGGAAGUUUCUUCGAUCACCGAUACCGAAUCAAAGUCCGUGUAUUCGCAGCCCGACGGAUCUACGAUAAGCCGCUGGAUUUUCUGAAGGCUCCACCGACAGUUUCUAAGAACGAAAUCACAAUCUGUCCGGAAAAUCAGGAAUUCUAUUGCAAGCAGGAUCAAAUGUGCAUCAGUCAAGAACUUUGGUGCGACGGCAUCGAAGACUGCAGCGACGGCGAAGACGAAAGAGUUUGUCUAAGCUUCAGCAUCUAUGGCGUCCUUGGUAUCAUCUCGCUCCUGUUCUUCGUCAUCUUCAUCAUAAUCCUCCUCGUAGCUUUCUGUCGGAAGAAACGAGCCGUCACGAAACACGACUACCAUAUCUGCGACUAUCAGUAGUGAUUCUCGGAGGGCGACUCUCGAUAUAUUUAUUCCGACCCUGUGUUGCGGCUCCUGGAAAUGUAAAGAACUACUGCGCCUGAUCGCAAUAAUCCACCUUUGUUGUCUUCGUAUGCUCAGCCGCGAAUCCCCUGGCCCCGUGUGUCUGGGAGCGAAAUGGGACUCCAUUCUAGCAGGAAGUUGGGUUGACAUUGAACCGAGAUAAAGCGAGCAUCGGUCGCCAUGCGCUUCCAGCUCAACUCGCUGUCAUCGUUAUUGAACGAAAUUGAGAAAGAGUCGCCGGUGGAGUACGGGAAGUUAGUCAUCUCCAUCAAUAUCUGCUUCACACCGAGGUCAGGAAAACAGCGUCAUCGCCUCCGAAUUUCAUUGUUGGCGGAGCUAAUUGGAUGCUACGACGG